AUGUAUCUGCUCAACUCAUCAUUUCAAAAUGAUCCAAACUAUGAAUCUGCAGUGCAGGAUAUUGAACAGGAGAAAAAGAUGGUGGCUGCAUUGAAACGAUUAUCAAUUGGAAACCUAAUGCAAUAUGAUCCAGAUCUUCCACCUGGUUCAAUGGAUGAUGUAGAUCCAUUUGCUACGUCAAGUCAUCUACAAGCAGGAGGAGGCGAGUUUUAUGAUGAAAAUCUGAUACCACAACAAUCACGACAUGCUCAUCCACAUAGUUCAUCUGUAUCAACAUCAGGUUCUGCAUCAAAGUCGCCUUCAAAAUCACCAUCUUCAUCUACAUCACCACAAAGAGAAAAUGCCUUUAAAGGAAAUUCACCCGUCAAAAGUCCUAGUUCCAGUCCCAAUCGUAAUCAAAAAUCACCAUCGUCUCAUUUACAUGCACCUUCAACACUCAAAGGUAAAUCACCCAGUCCAGUUAAACGACACAGCUUAUCUGUGGACAAUGAUAGUAUAUUAACCACCGAUGAGGAGUUUUUCGACGCUUCUGAAGAUCAGAUUUACGAUGCAUCAAAUACCAUGUGGGUACCAGCAGAAAUGCAUCCACAAGUCAACCCCGAUUCUUUCAAGACUUUGAUUAAGCAUCAGGUGGAGGAGAUUAUGGAUCGUAAUAUCAAAAGAAGAUCAACCGUAUCGAGACGAUCAACACUAUCUCGUCAAUCAUCCAUUACUGAAAACGAAGAGGAACCUACAACUAUAGUUAGAGUUCAAAAAUCAAUACCACAAGAACCAUCGCAACCAGGUCAGGAUCAGCAACAGCUCCCACUAUCAAGAACACCCUCGUCUCAUUCAUCCAAGUCUGCAUCACCACCAAAGGAUCCAUCUAAGCGUGAUUCAUGGUAUAAUAAACAAAAGAGAUUUUCAAAUCCAUCACUAAAAGAGUUAACCACCGAGUUGCAACAAUUGUCGAAAAUGGCAGGGAUGGAUAAAAGCGAUGCCGUAACAAUUGCCAGAACUCUAUCCUCAAACUCAUUAGGAUACACUGAUGUUGAAAAAUUGGCAUUUGAUGAAUUAAAUCAAUCACCACCUCAUGGAGAUUCAAAUGGAACAUCAAGCACAUUGCAUUUACAACAAAGAUUACAGCAACAAUUUAAUCAGUCCUUAGAAGGCGAGACCAUCGAUGGAGUGGAAGAUCAAGAGAAGUCAUACUCAAGCACACUACCAAUUCAAGGAUUACCUCAUGAUUUUGCUUUAAAGCGGAGUAGAAGAACUGACUAUAGGAAAAAGGAUUCCGAACAUUCUGCCCUGCUAGAUCAACUGCCAUUGAGUAGAAAACUGAACCAACAGCCUAAUCAGACUACUUCAAGAGGGUACAAAACGAGGGAUUCUCGAUUGUUGUUUAGUUAUAAAAAACUAGGUACUGAACCUCAUCCACAACAAUCACACCCAAAUAGACAAAUAUCCCCAUCAUCUCAGCAACAUGACGCAACCUUGGGCAACUCGUUUUCCACCAUUCAAGGCAGUCCAUACUUGUCAACUUCAAGAAGUCCAAAAGUUGAGAAUAAACCACUUCACAGAACAAAAGAUCUUCCGAGAUCACCUCAACAAGAUCCUUACCAUUCGAAUAGAUAUGGACCGACGAGAAACCAAGAACAAUACACAUCUCAAAGACAAAGACAAGAUGUUAAUCAACAGGAUAAUGUUUUCCCAGAUCAACAUCAAUAUACCUUGCAUCAACAAUAUCCACAGCUGCGUCAACAUCGUAAUGAUAAGCAUUUGCCAAGUUUACCACAACAACAGAGACAUCAAUACCCACCACAUCCUCAAGAGAGUCGUCGGAGCCAAUCUCCAUUCCAACAAGAUAGUAGACGUGCGGAACACCACCUGGGUCGUCCUGAAUUUCGUGAUUCACUGCAAAUGAGUGUUGACCAUCAUUUACAUACCCAAUCACGUGCCAAACCCAUUGGUUCUCAUCACCAAUCAAAAGUCGAAAAGAAGCUCAUGUCGGCGUCUAAUACCAACAUCAAUGAUUUUAUGAUUGACACGCCAACGAAACAAUCCAAACACGAUCACCGCAGUCGCAAAAGAGAUGAGUCUUCUCGUCAUGGAUCCCAAAGACCACAGCCUGAUGUACCGAUGUUGUUCCCUAGCUCUAAAGACCCACAGAAUGCUCGAGUGCAGCAGCAGCGACAGCCACAGCAUCAACACAGAUCGCGUCUGGGCUCAAGGCCAAGUGCUCCUGUACCUGCUAGAUCUAGACAAUUGCAUCAAAAUUUGGAUUUGUUAAGGUCAGAAAUCAAUGAAUUCAAAGAAAGUUUGAACAAGAGUCAGGAAAAGGAGAAACCGUUGACCGAUCAUCAUAGCAAAGUCAUGUCACAGCAACAGCGACCUGAUUUUCCGCAGCAUUACCAGGUAAAGCAAUUGCCUAGACAGCAGCAACAACAACAACAACAACAGCCUCAACAACAACAACAGCCUCAACAACAACAACAACAACAACAACCGAAAAACAUAUCCGAAUCGGAUCUCAGUUUUGACAUUAGUUAUCAAGAUCUAUCCACUGAUGAUCCAUUGGGUAUUGAAGAAGAAGCGUUGCUUGAAUUGGGAAUGAAAAAGGAAGACCAUAUCGUGUAUGGUGACGACACCAUUGAAUCGAACGAAACUGAUGAAGGAAGACCUCAACUGCGUGGACAAUCAACACCCGAACAUGAAGUACCUCUUGAGCAGUCAACUCCCGAACAUGAAUUACCACUUAAGCAAUCUACUCCCGAACAAGAUACAGUCAAUGCCAAUGAUGACUUGUUUGCAAAUAUGCCUGAAGUUGAUGACGAUUUCUCUGAUUUGGACGAUGUGCCAAUUCUUGAUUCACCAGCAAUGACUAAUGCAAAUGGAGAUCUGUUUUACCGUGGAUCAUCUAAUGAAGAUUUGACAUUCAAUGAUGGAUUUGAUUUAUCAUCGGGCCAAUUUUCGGCAACGAAUCAAAAUGAAGAAGAUAUAUUACACGAACCAUUUUUGAAACAUUAUCAUCAAAGUGACUCUGAUUCUUCAUCUCGUGUUAAAACGAGUUCUAAACCGACAAAAGUCAAUACUAAACUCUUCAAUAAAUCCAAUGUUCAAAUUAUUGACUCGGACAAUUAUGAAGAAAAAAUGGGUCUUAAAAAUAGCAAGGAUGGGUCUGAAGAUAGUACCGGUAAGAAUUUGAGAAAGAAGAAGAGCUUUGGUAUUUUGACAGGUGGUAAUUUAACUCCACCAACUUCUAGUGAACAUGAAUUUGAUGAAGAUAAGAAGUUGAAAAAGAAAAAGAGUUGGAAUUGGUUGAGAGAAAGAUCAUCGAGUUUGUCAUCGAUUGAUUCAACACAACAUCAACAACAACAGCAGCAGCAGCAACAGGCAUCCAGUACUACUGCUAAUCCUAAGUUACCUCUACCAGUAAGGUCAUUCUCCAACCCGGAACAAAGAGCUGCAUCCACAGAAAGAGAAUCAAGCUUGAAUACGGCCAGGAAGCCAUCACAAGAGCAUGAGGAUGCGACUUCACUUCAUUCAGAUAAGGAGAAUGUCUUGUCGAAGUUAUUCAAGAAAAAAUCGAAAGCCAAUUUAACAAAUUCUAGUGUCAGCUCAUUGCAUUCACAGGAGAGUAAAAAUUCAGGAGUUACAAUCAACUAUCAUGAUCGUAAUGAUGAUUCCAAUGAGCAACGAAGUUUGAAAAAGAAAACAAGUGGGUUGUUCAAGAAGCGGUCAAAGGCGAAACUAGUUGAUCAUAAUAAGGAAAAAUUGACGCCUUUGUCGUCGAUGUCUAAACAAGAUCAUUUAGUUAAUUCAUCGUUGAAAAAGAAUAGUAUAGAAGUAAUACUGCCUCAGUCAAGUGCCAAAGGGAGGGACGUGGAUACGGAUGAGGAAACGGAACCACCACUUUUACAUGAAUUGAAUCCAGAACGUUUGAAUUUGGACAAAGAUGUGGAAGAGUCUGGUGAUGUGUUUGCUUCAUUUAGUGACAGUGUUGGUUUAUCAACAACGACCGAAGAACAAGAGAGAAGCAAUAUUGACGAUGAUUCCAAGUUGACUACUAUUGAUAUCAAUAAUCUUGAUUCAAGUGACAAUAUAGUUGAAACUGGACUAAAGAGUAAGAAACUGACAGUCAAGAAGCAUAAACGUUAUCGUCAUAGAAAGAAGGGAAAGGAAACCAAUGCAUUGGAAUAUAAUAAAAAUCAAGAUGACGCUUCAGAUGCAAAUGAAGUCACAGCAGUCAAGGAUGAAAAUCAAGGUUUAUCUAAAGAAAAAGAAACAACCACAACAGUUGAUGAAGGAAAUGACGUUAACGAUGACGCUUUAACCAAAGAACAACAAGAAUUGCAAAAAAUUGACAUUCAAGAGAAGUUGAAAAAAUCAAUUAAACGUACUUCAAAAGCCAAUCAACCAAUUGAAUUUACUGAUUCAGCAUUUGGAUUUCCUUUACCACCACCAUCACAAUCCACAAUAGUUAUGCUCGAUUAUCGAUUCCCUGUACAUGUUGAACGAGCCAUUUAUCGAUUAUCACAUUUGAAAUUGGCUAAUCCUAAACGGUCGUUGCGUGAGCAGGUAUUGUUGUCGAAUUUCAUGUAUGCUUAUUUGAAUUUGGUUGAUCAUACUUUGCAUAUGGAGCAACAAAUGGGUGGAGGAGGAGAAGAAGGAGAGACAGAAGAGGGUGCAAAUGGGGAAGAAGAAGAAGAUGGUGAUGACGAAGAGGAUGAGACCAUGGUUGAUCCUGAGGGAGAAAUGGCAGAUGCAGAGGAUGGAGAGGAAGAAGAAAGUGCACUAGAUGAAUUUGGCACUGAUGGUGGGGUAGAUGUUGAUUUUGGUGAAGAUGUAGUUGACGAUGAUGUUGUUGUUGGAUUUUCCACAGGGAGACGCAAUGGUGAUGAUGAAAUGGAGGAAGAGUUGAUACCUACUGAAGAAAGAAUUCGAAUUACUGCAUAA